AUAUGGAGAUUUGCAAAUUUCUUACCUGGAUAUUCUUGGCCAUUGUCGUUCUCUACUCCGUCCAGGCGACAGCACAAGGAGGCCGCGAUCCUCAAUUGACGUCUUGCAUGGAAAAACUUAUGUCGUGUCAGCCGUACAUACACGCGGUAAACCCGCCGCCUCCACCGUCGUGUUGCGGGCCAAUGAAAGAGAUCGUGGUGAACAACGCGCCGUGUCUAUGCGCCGUUUUCAACAACCCGGCGAUACUCAAAACACUAAACCUCACCAAAGAAAACGCUCUUGAUCUUCCUAAAGCAUGUGGAGCUAAUCCUGACAUCUCACUCUGCUCCAAAACCGCUUCUUCGCCGCCUACUGCGCCGCCGGGACCAACCAGCGGAUGCUCUUCCGUUCAAGCUGUCAGCAACAUUGGACUUAGCUUUCUGCUUGCUUUUGUGGCAAGAAUCUUAUAUUGAUUAUUUCAUAUGUCAGUUUUUUGUCAUCAUUUUAUAUAUUUGGC